AUGGACUUUAUUAAGAUUUUGGUUGAGAUAGCAGGAAUACUUUUUGUAAUACUAUGCAUGAGCAUGGCCACAGGGCUGAACAGAACAGCAGAGGAGAAUUUGUGCAAAGAGCAGAGACAUAAUCUACAAAUAGCAUACCGAGACAUACAAAGAGAGAACACAGACAUGGAAGAGUUUGGAGUAAUAACGCCUGCAAUAAGAAAACUGCAGUCUGAUCUGAAUAUGGGAAAGGAAGAGUUUGCAGCUGUUUUCAACAGAUACAAGCUAGACCAGCUGCGCAGUGACCGAGUGGGAGUGAAGAACUGCGAUGGAGACCCGACAGACAGUGAUAGUCUGCAGAAAAUGACUCUGCGCGAACAGAAGAAAUACAUAAAUGAUGUGCUAAAGGGGAAGACUCCCUUGGUUACCCUGUGCCGAGAUAGACCCAAGAACCAGAGCGGAUUUAUACGAACAAGCAAAAAGUCUAUCAAGAGUGUCUGUGAUACACGCGAAGAAGAUGCAGUUGAUGGCGAGGAAAUAAAGAAAUUUGUGUGGAAUUCGCCCACGAACAAAAUAGAAAAAAUGAUAGAACUGGCUGUAGUGACCAUAGAUGGAGAUAGAACUUACUCUUCUACAAAAGUGUUAAUGGACUCAAUGGAGAACAGUAAAAAUAUAUGCAUUGGCAAUAGCAACAGUACAGAAAGACAGUACAACCUAGAACCAUCUGUUAUGUCGAGAGAAGUAGACAUUCUUCCGUUUACUACGAGCAUGGGAGGAGAUGAGCUGAACAUAUUUAGAUUCAAAGACAUAGCCAACUCAGAAAACGACAGAAAUGCAGGAUUUAAGUUCCUGGAGUGCCACCUAGCUGCAGACUCAAACUAUACGACAAUAUUCAGUAAUCCCUUGUGGGAAGAUGCCCCAAUGCACAACUACAACUCGAUAAAUAACGAUGAGACCGAUCUAGUGGUAAAACAAAAAGACCUGGAAAGAAGGAUACAUGCGAGGAUAGCAAACCUAGAACACAAUCCGCUGACUAUGAAAGCAUAUUCCUCGCUGAUAGAGAAAACGAUCAAUCUCGAAACAAACACUCUCAGCAGGCUUUUGAUGAAUGCAGCAUACCUUGCUGUGCGAAGCAGUGUAGCAGGUCUGAUGCUAGAGGUGGAGCCAGACCUUCUAUUCUCAGAUGCAAAGAAUUUACACGAGAAAAAGAAAAAGCUUUCUGCUUUGAUUGAAUCAGCAAACAUGAGAUACGAAAACUUUACGAGCCCAAUCAAAGGCGCUUUGGACAUAUGCGGGUACUUUGCAAGUAAAGACAGGAUGCUUGUGUUCCAUCCAACAACAUUUGCUCCCUCGAAUGAAUUUGUAGAGUUCAUAACCCUGGUGGCCAAAGCAAGAAUAUGCGAUGUAGAGUCCUUUGAAGAGAAAAGAAGAGUAAAAGUGGCUGGCAUGCGGCAAGAAAUAAAAAAUCUGCGCAUAAAGAAGCCUAGAAAAUCCAAACAGAAAAACAUAGUAAAUGCAUCGCAUGCAGAGAGAGAAAGGGCAAUAAGAUACGAGAACGCGCUGGCAGAGGAAGAGGCAUGGACUGUGCAUAUAAAGCUCAAUAAAAUACUAAAAGACGUGAUAAGUCUUAGUAUAGAAGAUGAGAUGAACCUGAUAAAGAACUAUCUCAUGCAGAUACUCAUUGUAACGAAGGAGAUAUCCCUGCUCCACAUUGAAAUAACAGAGCUCCCAGAGUACAGCUCGUGCUUGAAGCAUAAAGAUGACCCCAUCGGUAGCAAGGCCCCUGUUAUCCAGGAACAGAUAGCCAAUAACCUGCUGAACAAGCUAUUGUUGAGAAAAGAUCUAUUCAACUCCAUCCUUGCAGUUAUAUCAACACAAAAAGAGCUGUACAGAGAAAAAGGCCUGAUCUACGACUCUAUUAAGAUGAACCCGUACGACCUUCUGUUGAAACAUGCCCUAGAGCUUCCAAAGAAAAGGCUAGAUGUUAUGGAAAACUAUAUAAAGUAUAAACUGUCGGACAUAAUGCCAAAGCCAACGAACAAGUGUCUGAAAAACGAAAAAGACCUGCUCACCUGCAGAGAGUUGGAAAGUAUAAUAGCAGAUGAAAAAUUAAGAAACAGCAAAUUUGGAGUAGCAUACAAUACAGCAACGAACGCUUUAGUGGACAACAGAAAAAAACAAAAAAAUACACAGCAUCCCAGCACAGGUAGCACACAAGGACAGAGCAAUGUCUAUAGUCCAAGCACUGCACAAAGACUUGCCAUCACUCCAGAGAGAAACGCUUCUGUUCCUGAACCAAUUAAUACCGCAGAUCAAAAUAAUGAAUGGUACUAUUUACAGGCUUUUCAUUUUAACGUUCCAACACAUUACUCGCGCAAUGCCCAACGCAGCAUUGCCAACCAAUCAUCAAGCUAUAGUAACGAAAAUAGACAGGUGGAUGGAGAUAGCAAUGGACAGAGGCAUCUUAGUGAUAAUAGGCAGACAAUUAUUACUGAUAGCAGCAGAAUCUCAGAGCAUGCACAAGCUAAUCGCCAAGGCGUUCACUCUGCAGAUAGUGCUCAAAGCCAUAGCCAUACACCAAGCACAGGAAACAGUCAGGAGCUUAGUCAGAGUCAUAGAUCCCAUCCGAGCUCAGGCACAAGGCGCAUGGAAGGCUCCUCAGAUCGCACUGCUUUUGAAGGCCAUGGGGUACCUUCGAGAACAAAUCAGGACGAUUCUCAAGGUCCUUGGGGUGAUGCAGACAUACAUCAAAAUUCUCGUGUCCACGGUUGA